AUGGAGCGCUUGACGCUCAACCGCUCAGCACGGUUGGUGCUGGCCGCUCUUUGCGCGGCAUGGCUCAGACCACGCGGCUUCAUCUCACCGGCGCGGCCACAGCUUCGCCCGCUUGGCACAGGUGCUCUGGGCCAAAGCGCGCCGCACGCACCAAGUUCGAGUGCGCUGCUGGUGGCGCUAGCGCUUACGGCUGCUGCGCCUGUGGCCUACGUGUCGCGGCGUCGCGGAACUGGCUCCGCAGUUGGGCGCCGGGCAGGGCCAGUGCUGUUCGGCUCGCAGGGCAGCCGGUCGCCCUUGGUGAACUGGUACCUCUUUGAGAUAGGCCAAGACUUCGAGAUGGUGGACGUUGGCGCUACCCGCGUGGACCGCUCAGCGCCGGAGUUCCCGCACCCCUUCGGGAAGAUCCCGGCACUGGCGGACGGGGAUUUGCAGGUCUUCGAGUCGGGUGCCAUCCUGAUGUACCUCGCGGACAAGUACGGGGGCCUUGACACGCCGGAGAAGCGCGCCAAUGCCAACAAGUGGGUGGUGUGGGCGAAUGCGAGCCUUGACCCCAUCUGCUUCAAGGAGGACGGGAACGGCCGGGUGUUGGACACGGGCCUGCGCAACGACGUGCCGGCCUUGGCCACCUUGGAUGCCCACCUCGAGGCCAACGAGUUCCUGCUGGGCAGCGGGGAGGAGUCAUUCUCUGUGGCCGACGUCGCUGUUGGCGCCUACCUGCUGUACGUGCCACUCUUCUUCCCUGACGUUACGGUGUCUAGAUGGCCAAAUAUUCAGCGCUACAUGCUGCAGCUGCUGCAGCGUGAGGCCUACCAGCGGGCCUUUGGCGCAGGGACGGCGCAGCAGAUUGAGACGGAGACCUUCGCUCGGAUGAAGGCCUUGGAGCCACGGCUCUUUGAGGACCGGUAUUUCAAGGACAUCUUCCGUGACCUGCCAAAGGACUGGCGGUACCUACUGCAGCGCAUCUCUUGGGCAGAGAAGCGGGGCAUCUUCACAGCGCAGCAGCCUGGGCACUUCGCUGGCCAGGACGGCCGGCAAGCCGGAAAGCCAAGCGGAGUUUGUGCGGAUCGGUCCACCAGAUGUGUUCGGUAG